AUCCAUCCAUACACCAUUUCCCAAUUAAUUGAUAGUAUAUAUUUCUACAGCGUGCAACAGACUAGCUAGACAUUAUUUGGCUAAUCGUCAAUUCCUUCGCACAAGCACGUACUCCAUCGUCAUGAGAACCAUCUCCUUCUGUGCUGCCAUUUUACUAUGUGCUUUGGUUAUCCCCUCCAGCUUCAUCCACUACCAUUUAGCUGAUGGCAGAAGUACUGAUAUUAUCAACCCCCCACCCAAUCUUCACAAUCCUCCUCCUCCUAAUAUUAAUGCACAUAUUACCAGACAAACUUUAUUGGAGGUUAUAAUAGGCGGUGGCGGUGGCGGCACCCCCUACUCUUCCUCACCUCCUCCAGAUCAGGAGUGCCCCCCUCCCCCACCACUGUCUCCGUGCCCUCCUCCGCCGCCUCCGCCUCUUCCCACCCCACUGUCUCCUCCCCCUCCUCCGCCGCCUCCGCCGCCUUCUCCCCCACGACCGUCUCCGUCGCCACUUCCCAACCCAAGCCCACCACCCCUCGUCUUCGAAAGCCAGUUCAUCGAAAUGUCCUACUAUGUUAUCAAAAAAUUCAAGGCCAGAAUCAAACACGAUCCUCUCCACAUCACGAAAACCUGGAACGGCGGCGAUGUGUGCCACAAAUACAAGGGCUUUUACUGCGACCGCUUUCCCGGCACCAAAGACAAAGCCGUCUCCGGAGUCGACUUCAACGGCUUCCGCUUCGCCGGCGACCUGAAGCGCGGCCUUCCACUUGGUGGAUUCCUCGACGAAAUGAAACAGCUCGCCUUCUACCAUGCCAACUCCAACAAUUUCACCGGCACCGUCCCCAGAAACAUAAAAAACAUCCCAUUCCUAUACGAGCUCGACCUCAGCAACAACAAGCUCUCCGGCGAGUUCCCCACUGCGGUUCUCGGCGCCACCAACCUAACCUUUUUGGACCUGAGGUUCAACAGAUUCUCCGGCGUGGUUCCACCCCGACUGUACACACUAGAUAUCAAUCUCGCCCUCCUCAUCAACAACAAUAACUUCGAGCAAAAUCUUCCCGAGAACAUCGGAUCCACGCCGGCGCUUUACCUCACUUUCGCAAACAACUAUUUUUCCGGCGAGAUCCCCCGGAGUAUCGGCCAGGCUUCGAAAAGUCUCCUGGAGGUGCUGUUCUUGAACAACCAGCUUUCGGGGUGCUUGCCCUACGAGAUAGGGUACUUGGACAAGACCACGGUGUUUGACGUUGGGCAGAACCGCCUGACGGGCCCAAUACCGCUCUCGUUUUCCUGCUUGAGGAAGAUGGAGUACCUCAACCUGGCCCAGAAUGAGUUUUAUGGGCCUGUUCCGGAGGCCGUUUGUGGGCUGCCCAAUUUGGUAAACUUCACUCUGUCGUAUAAUUACUUUACGGAGGUUGGGCCCAAAUGCCGGAUGUUGAUAAUGAAGCGGAAGCUGCAUAUAAGGAUGAACUGCAUAUUGGGCCUGCCAUCUCAGAGGCCCAAAUACGAGUGUACGGAGUUUUUCUCGAAGCCCAGGCAUUGCCCGAAGGAUGGGGAGUAUACUCUCAUUCCGUGUAGGGGGUAAUUAAUCUGACGGCCUACAUUCUGCGAGAAUUUCUGAGCGUGGAUCGGUGCCCGCGUAGGCCCCGCGAUCUCGCGCUGCUGUUAUACGUCCCCCGUCGGAAGUGGCAUGGGCAUUAUAGACAUUUCCUCUUUAAAUAUAAUAAAUUAUUGUAAUAUUGAUAUUUCGGAAUAUGUGUUGGUAUAUAUAAUUAGUGGUGUACUUGGAAAGUCGGAAUUUCCUUUUGUCAUCUUAGAAUAUAUAUAAAAUGAAAAAUAUGUCCAUAUUUCUUAUUAUUAA